UUGGCCACUAGGUGGCAGAUAUUUGUGUAGCCAACCGUCGUUCCAGGGUUUGUUUACACUCAUUACAAUGGCGACCAUCUCUGAGUUGAAGGAUGCUGUGAGGCAGACACUGGAGUCCCGUGGCGUAAUGGGCCAGCUGAAGGCGCGGAUCCGAGCAGAGGUGUUCAGCGCCCUGGAUGAGCAGCAGGAAGCGCGGCCGUCGUUGUCCCAUGAAAACCUGCUCAUAAACGAGCUCAUCCGGGAAUACCUGGAGUUCAACAAGUACAGGCACACAGCGUCAGUGCUCACAGCAGAGUCAGGCCAACCUGAAACUCCCUUGGACAGACAGUUUUUGGCCGCUGAGCUGAGAGUCUCGGAGGAUGCAAGCUCCAAGUCUGUACCUCUGCUGUAUGGGCUGGUUUCUCACUUCCUGAACAGCAGUGACAACCGAGGGAAGGUUUUGCUGCGAGGUGCUUCUGUGAGUAUUUCAGCUCCUGGACAUGAUUCAUGACAUUCGGCUGCUGACCAGCGAAGCUCGUGGACUUAGAGGAUGCUUUGGCUCUCCCAGGAGUUUUGCGCCACCUGCCUGAAGACAACUUAUUUUCUAAAAUUUCAUUUUGUAAUCUAGAAGACUUACAGAAUGAAAGGCUAAAAGGAGGGGAUAAAUGGUAUUUUAUAAGUUGUCGACGUUUGGGGGGAGGGAGUGAUGUUUUUUUGUUUUUUUUCUUGUUCUCUUUAAACCAGAUGUGAACAAUACAUUUUGUACAAAAAUUCAACUUAUUCAUAUUUUGUGUUUACAAAUAUAUGUCCGUUUACUGUUUUGAUAAUACAGAAUUCUUUAAUUUAA